AUGGAUUUGCUCAUGGAGACCCAUUUUAAAUUGUGGCCACUAUUUUAAAUAUUGUUGGAAAAAUCUCGAACAAAAAGAUUGAUUCCUCAAUGUUAAAGGUAACAUCAUUAACUCAAUAUUUUAGAUUGAUUCUAAUGAAGUUAACAAAUUAACCAAUGAGUUAAUUUAAAUAUGGUUUAUGGAUGAAGUUAAUUAACCUUUUCCAUCCCUUAUCAAAAAGUAUUAGCUAUCUCAUUAUAAUCAUGCUUCAACAAUUAAUUUUAGUUUAGAUCUAUUUUUGUGAUUUGAAAAUAAUAAGUUAUAGUUACUAAAAUUCACUAUUAAUUAAACACUAAAAAUUAUAAUAUUAAUAUAUAUUAAAUCUCUAUUAUGAAACGACCAAAAAGUGCAUAAGCCUAAAAGUUAUCUGCUAGGAACAGAGAAGAAAUAUUAGAAUAGAAACUAUCUCCUAAAGACCACUAGAUUAAAAUAAUUUAUAACCAAAAAUUUAAAACUAAAAAUAUAAAUAAUUUUUGUUAUGAAAUCUAAUUUAAUAGGUCUAACAGAAUAACAAUGGAUGAUAAUUAAAUUACAAGAGAUCAGAUGUCUUUAAUAAAAAAAACCGGAUCAUUUUACUCUAUUCACUUCAUUUUAGCACAAAAUUAGAUUGUAACAAAAUGAAAUUGAAAUACUUAAACAGCAAGUUUAGUAAAGAAUAGCUGAAAACCUAAAGAUUUUAAAAAUCAAUUUUAAUUUUAUGAAGAAGAAAUAAAUUGUUUGUAAGCAUUUCUGGAUGAUGCUUUAUCAAGAGGAUCUGAGCCAAAGAAAAAUUAAAUCUUAGGUUAUUUGUCUAAAAUUUAAGAAUCAAAAGGGGAAAUUAAUAGACUCAACCUUUUAAAUGACGAUUUACUGAGAGAGCUUGAAAAAAUUUAGAUUAUAGUAAAAAAACUGUAAGAAUAAUUGAUGAAAGGCAAUUAGUAAUUCUAUAAAAAAUGGUUAAAUUAAAAUGAAAAUUAAAAUGAUGACAUUAAAAUAAUCUAGCACUAAUUUAAUUCACAAUUAUAAGAGAAAGAUAAAAAAUUAUUAGAAUUAACAAAAACUCAAUAACAAAAUUAAAUUAAGCUUAAUUCUUAUAUGUAAAUUGUAGAUUAAUUAAACUCACAAUUAUAAGCUAAACAAAACGUUAUGUAAUAAUCAGUAAUAAUUAAGUAAACUUUUAGAAGCUAAAAAUGAUAAAAUAAAGGAAGAAUCUAAAUACUUAAAAGAUUAAUUAAGAGAAUAAUAAGAAAGCAUUAAUGAAUUAAUAGUAAAAAAGUAACAAUUGUAAAUAACUUAUAACAAACAGAAUAAUUACUUUAUAAACUUUAAGAAAAAUAAGAAUUAGAAUAAUAAAAUAAAACAAUCAAAAAAGUUUAUCUAUUAUAAAAUCAAUAUCUUUAUUUGAUUAUUAUCAAUAGCCAAAGGAGCUAUUGAAAAAAGAGAAGUAUUGAUUAAAUUAAUUUUAGAAUUGAGAAAUCAUCAUAAAAAUAAUUAACAGUUUAAAAAUUACAUAAUAUACAGUUAAUUUUAAAAAGUUUAAUACAAAAGUAUGAUUUUGAAUACUGGUGUGAAUUUAUUAUUAAUGAUAUGUUAGAGGAAUAAAAAUACAUAAAUUAUGUUAAAAAUAAUAUAGAGGAUCAUAAACCAUUAAGUUAAAAUUCAUCAAUUUAAGAGUAAUUUCUGGAAAUCAAACAAGAAAAUAAUUUCAGAGAUUGUUUCAGAUUAUUUAUCUUCACUCUUAACUAAUAAAAAUAAUAAUCAACAACCUAGUUAAUUAAAUUAAAAGAACUUGGGAGAACUUGA